AGUUUUAAAAGGGAAGGAUUACUGCAAAUGAUAACCCAAUUUAGUAUUCCAACAAGUGUCGACAGAUAAAGAAUCUCUUCAAGCUCACACCUGUCUUUACUUUGUUGUUGUUAUUUUAAUAGGAUAAUAGGAUUUUUCGAUAGUGUGACAUUAUUUGCCAAAAAAAAAGUAAUGCUUUCUGUUUACAUACUGUUGACAUCCAUUAUAUUUCAGACAACAAACUGCUUGACAUGCAGCAGUCUAAAAAAAAAUGCAACCGAAUCUGAACUCUUUUCAUACCUCACCAACGACUGUAGAUACAAUAAAAAUGAAAGGCCACCAUCAUCGUCAUCAUCCAAACUGUUUGAUGUCAAAAUCAAGAUAUACGUUUAUCACUUAAAAGCAUCUUCAAAGAGAGAAUUGGAUAUAGAGAUACAGAUGCUAUUAGAGAUGAGUUGGCUUGACACCAGGCUCAACUAUAGCAACCUGGAAACGGGAAUAAUGAAUCUCAUGGGUGAAAAAUUCCUCCUUGACACAAUCUGGGUUCCACAUAUUUAUUUAACUAAUGAAAAAGACUCAGCCGUCAUGGGAUUCCUGAGGAAAGACGAUUUGAUUAGUAUAUCUCCUUCAGGAUUUGUUGUUUUCACCACAAGAUUGAGAACAUCUUUGACUUGUCAGCUACAGCUAGAAAAAUUUCCAUUCGAUCAACAAUCAUGCCAACUUAUCAUGGACAGUUGGAGAUAUAAUUCAUCAGAAGUUAGACUAAUCUGGGAUGAUAAAUCACCUACUGUCCUUCACAACAGUGAAAUUAGCCUUGCUGAGUUCUAUCUACUAGACAUGUAUACUAACACAUCGUAUAAUCUUUAUGAAAGGGAUAAACAGACUUAUAACUAUAGUUCUUUAAUUUUGACAUUCAAACUGGCUCGUGAAUAUGGCUUUUACUUAAUGGAUUACUACGUUCCAAGUUGUCUUCUGGUUAUUUUAUCUUGGGUAACAUUUUGGCUUAGUCCAGAUGCAAUUCCUCCCCGUGUCUUUUUAGGGACAAGCACUAUGCUGACUUUCUUGUUACUGAGCUGGACGGGUGAAGCAGUUCCCAAAGUAUCACAAUUUAAAGUGAAUGACAUAUGGGAGCUGAGCUGUACUGCUUUCAUUUUUAUGUCUCUAACAGAGUUUGCUUUUGUGAAUACUAUUGACAGAAGAGAAAAAGAAAACAUAAGGCUGAAGAAAAGGUCUGGAAAGUAUAUUCUUAAGUAUUCUGUUUCCCCAAGUCCAAAAAUGCCUGCUCCAAGAAUGCAGAGGAGGGCAUCAUCAUGUCCAUCUUCACCAGAAAUCCGUAGACAGUUUUCUCAAAAAUAUAACAGUUCUUUAAAAGUGAUUGAGGAACUGAAAGCAACUGAUUUUCACUUUAAACUCAGAGAAGAAUUAAAAAAAGUAAAAGAAGAGCAAGAUGCAGGAAUAGAAUACACAAUGACCCCUCAACAGAUUGCAACAUGGAUUGACAAAAAGAGCCAGUUUAUGUUCCCAGUCAUGUUUAUUAUAUUCAACAUUUUCUACUGGGGCAUCAUACUCAUCCCACCAUUUUGAAUAAGGUCCAAGAUGAUGUUAUGUGGCGCAAAGUCCUCAUCGGCUAUGGCCUGUUGUACGUAGUGCUUGUAACGAUCGCCUUGGGAAUCCUCAUUUUCGUUUAUAAUAAUUUAAAAGGCCGAUUUGAAAAUGGGACCCAGAAUUCAUCAGGAGGACAUUACACUGUUUAAAAAUUUUUACCUUUUCUCAAUUAUUUCAAAUUUCACUUUACAUCCAAAUUACCCUGUAAUGCUUUAUUUUUUAAAAGUUAAAAUUUUGUUUUAGUGAACUUUAAUUAUAUAAUAUCAAAUAAUGAGUUUAAGGAAAAUUUAGAAAAUUAAAUGUCACUUGUACUAUAGUCACUUAUGAACAUGUUUUAAAUAAAUUAUUUAACUCUCAAA